AUGGAACCUCAUGAUGCUAUCAUUACGUGGCUAGAGCAAGGCGAUAACUUUCUUCGGGUAACAAAUAUACUUUCGCUUUCCCCCUCUACUGAUCAGGACGGAGCCAAACUUGCACGAGCCAAGAGUAAAGCGCUUGACGAGCUCGUGGGUUUUGUGAAUUUGAGCAUUCCUCACGCCAAUUUGGACGCCAAAUAUACGAGACUGAUGCUGAAACAAUACCUUUUCGACUACAGAUCUACCGUCGAGGCAACUGCCAAUUUACAGUCGUCUUUGUAUGAGAAGGACGAGCUGGGUGAGAUUACGACAGUGCAGGACAAACUGAACGCCAGGUGUCCGCAUUUCCAGCGACUUGAGCAGCUCCACGCUAGAUUUGUAAUGAAGGAGAGACAAGAUGAGAAGAAUUCACAGUGUAAUGAAGAGAACAAGGAGCAGCAGAUGACGGAUGUGCAGUUGCAAUCUAGUUUAUCGGACACUCAAGGGAGCAGGAAGAAGAAGGAUGUGACGCCCAAGAAAACUAGGACUGUAAAGAAGAAGAAGAAGGUGAAGACUUCUAGUGAAUCAACAGCAACAGAAAAAAAGAAGAAGAACCUUAAUAGUAACGAGGAGGCUGAGACUGAGCUAAUGCUAGCCACAAAGAAUGGGAAAAACAAGAAGACUGAAAAGGAUGGAAAGAGUCAAACGAAGAAACACCGAAAGUCCAAGAAACAGUCGCUGAAGGAAAAAAAGGUGAUCCCAGCGUCUAGUCUGAUUGUACUAUCCUCAGAUGGAGAAGAAGAUAAAACGCUCCCGAUAUUACGGAGAUCAGCGCGAUCAAAAAAGCGAGCUUCCAGGUCUCUCGAGGAAUCGACAGAUCGGAGCGAUGACGCUUCUCUGUGGAUUGGUAAGAGGAAAUUGCGACGUGUGGAAUCUGCUUCCGAGUUGACUUGUAGAGAGGAUGCGUUGGACGUGACGCUUACGCAAACGACACAAACAACCUACGCUGCUUCUGAUGGCUCACGAGGUCCUACUGUAAGCGAGAAGAAUACGCCAAGUGGCAAGACUCCUACCAAAGUAUUCGAAAACAAGCAAAAGUCUUCGACGUCAAAACCUGCUGAACCUGAGAGCAGUUCAUCGGCAAUCCCCCGGCGCAAACGACUAGCGAAAGAUGCUGUCCCGCAUCCUCUUGCAAAAGGGCGGAACUCAACUUCUUGUAGUCAAAAGUCGACACAAAACACUGCUGUGCCGAACGCUCUGCGCUCGGCCAUUGCGCAGGCUGUCUCGCAGCGACAGCAGCUAUUGUCUCGUAGUCAAGCCGAACGAUGUCAGCGCAGCACGAGCGAGAGCGACUAUGGUCUUAGUGAUAUCGAUCUUCCUGAACCAAGUGUUUCUUGUAAUGGCCCGCGCAGCUCGGACAAUGAGGCAAGACCUUCAAUUGGUCUUUUACCACCUCUUAUUGAGCGAUCACUCACCACCGAUGGUCGAGCAAAUUUAAAGCGGAAGCGCGUGUUUUUGCGCGCCAAGGAGCUGGCGUUUGAGCAAUUAAAGUGGCAACGUGAGAACGAGUUUCAGCAGCAAGAGCUAGAAUUAUUACGCUACGAGACGGAAGCCCGUGAAGCUCUUGCUCGACAGGAAUUGAGAAUCAAACAGAUGCGUCUUCGAGCAACCAUUAUCCAGCCUAUGAUUUCUGCGGGUGCAAGCGUCGCUGACAUUGUAGAGCGCUUGGAAUUGCUCUGA